UUUUAAUUCUUGAGCUGUCAUAAACAGUUUGGUAUUUUGUUUUAUGCACAGUAUACUGUGUGAAAAUGGGUCUUUUGCGAGCAUGUUGUGCGUGUAUUCCGCAGCGGUACUUCCUCUGCGUGUUCAUAGUACUGGGGAUGGUCACCUGCUACCUGAUGAGAGGAUCUCUGGUACUUGCGCUCAAUGAGAUGACCUUUCGGAUAAACAAGACUGUAGAGACCACCGAGAAGCACCAGUUCUGUCCCAUGGAGGAAACGGCGGCAGGGAAAGGACCAGCAGAGCAGACCAGGGCAGAAUUCCAUUGGAGUCAACGGAUGCAGCAUAGUGUCAUCAAGUCAUUUUACGUUGGGUACCUAAUUGCACAUCUACCGGCUGGAAUGAUAUCCGACACAAUUGGUGGCAAACAUGUGUAUGGAGGUGGCAUACUGUUGUCAGCUGUCAUAUCCCUGAUCACCCCCUUCCUGGCCCACUUAAGCCCAUAUACUCUUAUGGGAGGACGCCUGAUCCAAGGCUUUGGACAGGGGUGUAUGUUUCCUAGCACCAGCGCUCUAGUGGCCAAAUGGGCGCCUCCGAACGAGCGGUCCACAAUGACAGGCAUUGUACAAACUGGUGUGAUGUUUGGAAAUGCAAUUAGCUAUGCAACAUCUGGAUUCAUCCUUGGAUCAUUUCCAACAUGGGACCCCAUAUUUUACAUUGUGGGAGUUAUCGCUCUGCUCUGGUGUUUCGGUUGGUAUCCUUUCUUUUAUAGUGCUCCUGGCAACCAUCCUUUUGUGUCGGAAAAAGAGAAAACAAUGAUUGAGACACAGAUCCAAGCAAAAAUGAAACAGAAACCCAAGAGCAUCCCAUGGAAGAGUAUUUUUACAUCUGUUCCAGUCAUAACAGCUGUGAUGUGCAACUUUGGACAUGCCUGGGCACUCUUCACAAUGGUCAAUGAAAUGCCAAACUACAUGGGCAAAGUACUUAACUUCAAUAUUCAAAAAACCGGGUUAUUCUCUGCCCUUCCACAUCUUGCCAUGAUUCCAACCUCUGUUGGCUGUGGAUACCUUUGUGACUGGAUUCGAAAGAAGAACCUCAUAUCAAUCACACUCAACAGGAAAAUUUUCUCAUUUGCAGCAAAUACUCUACCAAUUCCGUUCAUGUUGAUGGCAUCGUUUUCUGGCUGUGAUCGUCCUAAAGUCAUAGUGUUCUUUAUGAUAAUGAUGUUCUUCAAGGGUAUUUCAUACUCAACUUGCAGAGCCUUGCCGGUUGAUUUGAGCCCAAACUACGCAGGUAUCUUGAUGGCCCUCAUGAAUGGAAUUGGAUCUUUUGCUGGUUUCGCACAGCCCUUCAUUACACCUUUCUUUUUGCACACUGGUGAUGGAAGUAUAGAAGAGUGGCGCAAUGUUUUUUAUACAGCUGGAGUAAUCAUGACUGUGUUCUCUGUUCCGUUUGUAUUCUUCGGUUCUGGUGAGCUGCAGUCUUGGAACGAUGCAGAUAUGGAACCAGAGCCUGCUAAUGCUGAGUCGUCAGAUGCUGAUAAACCUGCUGAAGAAGCCAAAACAGCUUGAUGAAAAAGAGAUCAUUUUUGGCUAACUUUAACACUCCAUCUACAACUUUAAUUCAAUCUAUUCACACUGAUAUUUUCUAUUUAUUGGUUUUUAUUGUUAAUAAAUUUAAAGAACUUGUGGUGUUUAUUAUGUUUUUAAGCUAUGGUCCAAAAUGUGUGAAAUGAACUAGUAUCAUGUAAUCAGUAUUAGCCCAGUCAUUAAAAGUCAAAAUACCAAAAAGACUUAUUGAUUGAUUUGUCCCAAACAAGAGAAAACAAAAUGAAAAAUAUUUUUAAAUAUAUGUGAAAUAACAAAAAUUAUUAAAUACAAUGUAAUUUUAUAUGAAAAAUAUAUACCUCAAGAAUGUA